AUGGUAGGCGCAACUACGCCAAGAUCGUUACUCUCGGCAACGAUGAAGGAUCAUACUCAGUGUGGUGAUUUCCAGGGUGACUUAAGGGGGAAAAUACAGAGCGUUAUCGAAAACUCAGCACUGGUAAAGUCCCUUCGUCGGCGCGCCAACUGUCUGGAAUCCCGUCCUCUUUCUCUACCGGACGAUGUGCGUCGGGAACAUCUUGUUGCUGGCCUGAUGUCCGGCUCAGAAAGCAUUCCGGUAACGCCAUAUAGCUUUUUAGAACAAACACAAGAGGGAUAUAAGCUCACUAUGAUCUUAUACGUGGGUCCAAACCUGUCUGGACACCCCGGCUGGGCACACGGUGGUUUUAUUGCCACUCUGCUAGAUGAAUCCAUCGCACGCUGUGCCUUUCAGGCUAUGCCCACCAAAGUCGGAGUCACGGCGAAUCUCUCAAUCAAUUACCGCAAACCAAUCCAGUUGAGACAAUACCUGGUGGUUACUGCGAGAACAGUUCGCACAGAAGGACGCAAGGUCUUUGCAGAGGGUUGGAUAGAAAAAUUUCAAGCCGAUGAUGAUAAUUACGAGCAAGAAAUCCUUGCCGAAGCAUCUGCUGUGGUGGUCAGUCUUCAGCAAGUUAGUUCUGAAGUAAGUUUAAUAACCAAAUGUGACACACCAAAUAUAGCAUUCUUUCACUAA